CAAUCUGACCCGUUUUUUUUUUUUUUUUUUUUUUACUGGCGCGGGGAAGCGAUGUAACUUUCCCAGAAAGAGGUUGGGCAAAAAGAAAAAGAAAGAAAAGAGAGAGAGAGAAAAAGGCAAAGCCCGGAUCCAGUGGAACCAGUCCGCCACCUAGCUGCGGAGACGCGCCGACGGGGAUCCGUCGACCGUGUCAUUAUGAAAACACCCGCGCCAAUGUUGUUGCACAGCGUCGUCUCUGCGCUCCGACGAGACUGAAAGUCGCGCGUCGGGGAAGGUGUUUCAACUUCCACUGGAAGGCGGCUUUUUCUCAUCAAAGCCGCGCGCUAAUGCGCCAAACAGAAUAAGAAGAAGAAGAAGAAGAAGCAGAAAAGAGAGAGAGAGAGAGGGAAGAAGGUCCGGAUUCGCUGUUGGUGCGAAUGGGGGGGAAAGCGGGAGAGAGACACCUCAUGCCCGAACGCAGUUGGCCGCGGGACGCGCUCUCGGUUCAAGCCUGAAGAAGAAGAGAGAAACUUUCCUUUGCUGGAUGAAGGACAGCCACUGUAGUUGGACACUUACAGUAUAUUCUUUUGGGAAUAACCAGACCUACACCUACAUUCUGGUCUCUCCGGUUGAUCCCAACAACCCCGCCUGGGUAAUUUAAAAGGGUCAUACUGGGAGCUCUAACCCUACCCGGACUUCUCUGAUGGACCACAGAGGGAAUGGGGGAACCCCUACUAACACAAACUCCUGCCUGGACCCCAUUUCUGCAUCUGAAGACUCUGAGGUAGCACGGAAAAGGAAGCGGGGUGAGGAGGAGAAAGGAGAUGUUGGGGAAAAGGAGGAGGAGAAAAUAGGGCCGUUGAAAAAGAGAGAAGCAGACAAGGGCGCAGUGCUGGAGUUGCUCAUCGAGGGGCGCUGUGGAAGUGCAGGGCAGCAGCAGCUUCAGAUCUCUGGCAGAGAGACCAGCUGCCCCGAGGGGAACGUACGUCUCCGGAAUGGACUCCAGGCCAAACGCACCAAGAAACCGCCCAAGAUCUUGGAGAGCUACAUCUGCAAGCCCAACGUCAGGACCUAUCAGAGACAAGCCAGGGGAGGACCACUGAGGGGCGCAGGAGAGGGAGGACCGCAAAACAACACCAGCUCCACUCCAAGCGAGGCCACCGCGGAUCAACGCUCAGGCUUGGAUUCUGUCCAGACAACAUCCAAACAAACUGCGACUGCCGCCUCGCCACCUCUCACCGCGUCUUCAUCAUCACCAUUGCAGCCGCUGUCGUCAUCAUCAACAGCCUCUGCGACAGUGUCAGUCCCCGCCGUAACCAGCCAAGGGACCAAGUCUGCCAAACAGGUUCCUACCAAACUGGCCGAUCAGACAGAGGUGAAUCCAAAUGGCUCAUCCGACAGAGUGAAGAAGGAGAAGCUGCCCAGUGCCAACGGCAAGCCUGUCUCUGCAGGAUACAAACCCUGCUUGCCGACAACAGAGCAGACCGUUUCAAUUACCCCUUCCACUGCAUCCAUCCAAGCCCCAUCUGCAUCGGAAACCAGGAAUGAAGGGAGGACCUCCAAGAAACAUAAUGGUUUGGUUCAGACAGCAAAACAGAAGGGACUAUCUAAUGGAAAAGGCUCUGUCGAUAUCCUUUGCAGUUCAAUCUCGCAGAAAAACAAAGUUGGAAAACAUAGCAGUUCCUCCUCUGUUUCCUCCAUCGACUCCUCGGCAAGACUUCCAGCCUUCCCCACCUCCCAUGAAGAAUUCGGCCUGUCCAAUAAGAGUACAGUAGACUCUCCUUCCUCUUCUUCAGUCACCCCUAAACAGCAGUCCAUUCCCACUGUGGCGCACUCCUCCGCCGAAGAUCAGGAUCCCCCUUCAAAAGCCUCUCUGGAGAAAAAGAGAGACAAAGAGAGGAAAGCAAAGAAAGACAAACGGAAAGACAAAAAAUCAAAGAGAGAUGGAUUGGGAGCCGAAAGAACAAAAAGUCAGAGCAGAAAGGAAGAAGGCAAAAAGAAGAAGAAAAAGGAGAAAGGGAAGGAUGGGAAAUCGAGGCGUAGCAAAGAAAAAGAGGAAGGACAUAGGAUUGAUGAUACGCGAAAGGAUGAGUUAAAGACUGAAGGAGGAAAAGCAGAGAAAAAUAGGGAUACAUUUAGCCCAGUCAGACAAAGGCCAGAGCAUAAUUCAUUUGGUGAUACUGGUAAACCAGAUAAAACCAUUAAAGUCGUGAAUCCAGGCGGACCAGAUGACAUUUUCAAGAUGGAUGACUGUUGCAAACCAGUUGAACAGACUGAGCCAACGACAGCAACAUGUGACAACGGUAAAUCACAAGAACAAGAUGUCUCAAGACAUCUGACUGCGCCUCCAAGCCACUCCUCUUCUAAUCCUGCUCCCCCCCCUACACCCACUCCCUCUGUCCGUGCCCCCUUUUCUCUCCAAGAGCAGGACAGCCGUCCGCUUAAGAAACGCAAAGCCAGGCGGCCCAGCUGGACCAAGCUGGUGCACCGGGCUCAGAGAGCGGAAAACCAGGAAGCCCCGGCUGAUUCCCAACAUAAUCGUUUCCCACAGUACCCCAAGAUGUCCCCUUCGGCCAAGGCCACUAUACACCAGACCGACGAGCCACACACAGCUUCCUCUGGGCUCCGUAAACAGCAGCUUCUCCCUUCUGUCUUCUACCACCCAACCUCCAUCCCCAAAGCAGAGUCAUCCGGCAUCAGACCCGAGUCCCCCUGCUUCCAGAUACCCCGUUACCCCCGCAAGAAAACGGGGCCGGCCGAAAUCCCACAGCUCUAGCUCAGAUGAACCUCCCACAAGACUUUCGCCGAGC